CAUUCAUAUCAGCCAGCCACUCUAUAAAUACCCUCCUCCCCCACCAUAACCCAAAGUAUAUAACUCCACCCUUUUAAUAAACCCUUUUCUUCGUUACUUACAAGAAGCUUGAAAAAUGGCAAAUGAAUUAGUGUUGUUGGAUUUCUGGGAAAGCCCAUUUGGGAUGAGAGUGAGAAUAGCAUUGGCUGAGAAGGAGGUAGAAUAUGAAUACAGAGAUGAAGAUUUGAAGAACAAGAGUGAAUUUCUUCUUAAGAUGAACCCGGUUCAUAAGAAAAUCCCGGUUCUCGUCCACAAUAACAAACCGAUUAACGAGUCUUUAAUUAUUGUGCAGUACAUUGAUGAGGUUUGGAGUGACAAGAAGCCUCUCUUGCCGUCUGAUCCUCAUCAGAGGGCUGUGGCUCGUUUCUGGGCUGAUUUUGUUGACAAAAAGAUAUAUGACAGUGGAAGAAAAGUUUGGACUAGCAAAGACGCAGAACAAGAAGCAGCGAAGAAAGAAUUCAUAGAGAACUUGAAGGUGAUGGAAGCUGAGCUGGGUGAUAAAGCUUACUUUGGAGGAGAUACAUUUGGAUAUGUUGAUGUUGCUUUCAUUCCAUUUUACAGUGAGUUUUAUGCGUACGAGAAGUUGGGAAACUUCAGCAUUGAGGAGUCUUGCCCAAAGAUCAUUGAAUGGGCCAAGAGAUGUUUGCAGAGAGAGACUGUUGCCAAAGCACUCCCUGAUCAGAACAAAGUUUACGACUUUAUUCUCAUGCUUAAGAAGGCGUAUGGCCUUUAAAUAUAGAAACCCAUCAACGUACUCUUGCUAACUUUUGUUGGGUCUUGUUGUGUUAGCCUGGGAUCAUGUAUGUUCUUUUAAUAAAUCCAACAUGUUAAGGCACAAAUGAUAAUACACUAAGUCAAUGAGCAACAUGUUGACUUUAGUCAGUUGGUUAGUUACAAAGUUUGUUAAGCUGUUAUAACAAACUUGAUGACAUGGCAUUGCAUUGUAUAAAUUCGAUAUUGCAUUGUAUAAAUACUGUUUUAGCUGAUUGUGAUCAGUUAUCAAAAAACAAAAUAAAAUCCUAAUUCCUAUCUUCUCUCUCUAA